UGCCGCCAAACCUGAAGAGUCGAUGAGCAGCGUCACUGAGGACAUCGACGCCUUUCUGGAGGAGUUACUGGAGGAAGACUACAGUGAUUCCCCUCGACUGAAGUCUGAGCAGUCUCCUAGAGGAACACAGGUGGAGAAGAAGCUGUCGUCUCAGUCUGGAGGGAGAAAGUGCGGUCCUGUUUUCGCUGGCGGGAGCUCUGUCACAAAUGGUGUUGGAACGGCCACAUCCAAGAGGUCAUGUGACCAGUUGAGAUGUACUUCCUGUGACUUCCGGGUGCUGAUGUUCGAUGACUGUGAGUGGGACUUGUCCUGUGAUUACCUGUUCCUCAGGAACAACGUGCCGGACCGUCAGAAGCUCAGAGCCAAGUUGAAGAAGAGGAGAGGUUUACGGGCGUACGCCUGCCAGUGCAGCUGGUUCUCCACGUCAGAGCCGACAGACCUCAGGGACCAACCUCAGCUCAGAUGGGUCUGUGGCAAACACCAGGACUGAUGUUCACUCCUCACUCAAAAAACUCCCUCUGGACAAUGGGCCAAAGCAGAUCAUCACGGACAGAGACACUUCUGCUGCUUAUCCCUGUCCGUUCAUCUGUUUAGAGUUCUGUCUUUUACUCUUUAUCCAUCUGUCCACUUGACUUUGGCAACCUUUCAGGGACGUCAAUAAGACACAAAAUCCAUCUUCAGCCAGAAGAAUCUGUAAUGAAAUGGAUCAUUAAGUGGAAAACCUUGGCGAGCUUUCCAUCCUGAAACCCAGCUCUGGUUUUGUCUCUACCAACAUCUGUCUGUUUGGCUGCUGAAUGCUGCACUAUGUUCACCAGCCAGGCUCUCUCUGUGUCUGUCUGCUGCUGAGCACGUAAUGUACAGGUUACAGUACAGGUGCAUCAGAGCUUGUUUUAUUCAAGCUUAUUAUAUAUAAAACUCACUGACACUAGAUGUUGCACUAGAGCACCAGCAUCUCAGACCAGGCGCUACUGCUGACCACUCUAACGUAGCAGAUAAUCUUACAACUCACUUCAAACUGGAUGGAAACAAAAUAAAACUCAACCAAUCAUUUCAGGCAGUGACAGGAGAGGCAUGAAACCGAAAGAGGAGCGCGUUUGUAGCCAGUUAAUUUGUUGAGGGAGGCCCUAAUAUUAUUAUAUUAUAUAUUAUAUUAUGUUCUGAAUGUGUGUUAUAAUGAUAUAUGUUAAUGAACCAAAGUACGCUGCAGCAGUGAAGUUGUGGGCCGGAAAACCAAAAUAAUGAGCUGAAAGAUGCUGUUUUAUUAUUGAACUUUUACAUAAUGCUAGCUGGCUCCAUAAUUAAACUAUGGAUGUAAUUUCUAUAAAAAUCUGAUAUAAACUGUUUAUUAUUGUAUUUCCCAACCUGAUUUUUUUAUAUAUAUAAAUGUGAAAUGUGUGAUUUGA